CUUAGUCAUCCAGACCAAAGAGCCUGUGUGGUCUGCUCUCUGCUGUGCCGGACGUCGUCUGUCCGGCCGGCCGGGAAGGAACGGGAUACCAAUCUGACCGCCGGGCGAUCGAUCGAGGUCGUCGAUCGAGGGCGACGAUGGAAGCGGCCGUAGUUAGCGCCACCCUAGGCGCUGGAGCGAUCCUACUGCGGAAGCUCGGCAACAUGGUCGCCGAUAGGCACAUGUACCUAGGCGACGGCCUGCGGCACGAGAUCCAGGAGCUCAAGGACGAGCUCGACAGCUUGGCCGCCUGCCUCCGCGACCUUGACAGCAGCGGCGACGACGACAGCCGGAACCAACUGACGAGGGCUUGGAUGAACCAGGGUGAGGGAGGUCGGCUAUGAUGCAGAUGACCGCAUCGAGAUUUUCUACCACCACCUGAUGAGCAAGCAGCUGCAGUCAACAGGUCGUCUGGCGAGGCUUGUCAGCCUCUUGAGAACAACAAUUAAAAGUUCGGAACAAGCUCGCAAAUGACAUCAAGACCCUGAAAUCUACUGCUCAUAAGGUAAGCGAGCGGAGACUGAGGUACAGGCUGGACAAUGCCGAGACCACCAGCAGCAGCAGCUUGUUCUUCGACUCCUCCGAUGUGUAUCGCAACCGACAGCUGCCUGCAGUACUAGCCGCCCUCCACGGCGGCGACGAGUCACGGCUGGUCGGGAUGCAAGGUGACAGAGACAAAAUCAUCGGAUGGCUAGACGACGACGAUGCUGCUAGUGUUGACGGAGGCCGGCUUCGGGUAAUCUGCAUCGUCGGCUUCGGUGGCCUGGGCAAGACCACCCUCGCCAAGGCUGCUGUUUACGACAGCCCGGCGGUGAUGCGUGGCAUGGGAAGCCGUGCCUUUAUAACAGUGUCCAAGACCUACGAUGAGCGGCUGCUUUUGGAAUCCAUAGUGAGAGAGCUUGUUCCAAGACCCAGCAGGGUAGAAGACGAAGAUCCCCUCCAAGGCAUUGAGCGCUGGGAUAUGUCACGCCUCACUGACAAAUCGAGACAUCACCUAGCAAAUAAAAGGUACUUCAUUAUUCUUGAUGAUGUGUGGAGCCCGAAAGCAUGGGAAAGAUUGAAAACAGCAUUCCCUAACAAUGAGUUGGGAAGCAGAAUAAUCAUCACCACACGUCAUGAGCAGGUUGCAAAUUCCUGCGCAUCAUCCAGUGAGCAUAUUCAUAAAAUGCAGCACUUAACCCCAGAAGACUCCAAGAAGUUACUAUUCAAGACAGUGUUUGGAUCAGAGCAAUGUCCACGCGAGUAUGAUCAUUUCAAGGAAGUCUGCGACGCUAUAUUGGAGAAAUGCAAGAACCUGCCUCUAGCCAUAGUGAGUAUAGGAGGAAUGCUUGCUCAAAGGAAACAUAAAACUGUGGCAGAUUGGCAAGGAAUAAUCAAGAGGAUACCUUCUGAGUUGGAAACAAACCCAGCUUUAGAGGGGAUGAGAAGGGUACUCUCCCUCAGCUACGACGAUCUGCCAUACCAUCUGAAAGCUUGCUUCCUAUACCUGAGUGUCUUCCCAGAGGAUCACGUGAUCAGAAGAGGAGCCUUGGUCAGGAGAUGGGCAGCGGAAGGCUUCGUCGGCGCGGCAGCGCAUAGCAGCUUGAGCUUGGAAGAGGCUGCUCACAGUUGCUUUGAUGAGAUUAUCAGUAGAAGCAUCGUGACUCCUGAUGAAGAGCUGAGCAGCAACGGCGAGGUCAGGAGUUUCAAGGUCCAUGACAUAAUGCUGGACGUCAUCACCACCAAAUGUGUCCAAGAGAAUUUCGUUUCGUUUGUUGGGAAGACGACCCACCACCAGCAGCGCAACGACACAACAACAAUAGGGCACGACAAGGUUCGCCGGCUUUCCAUCCAGGCCGCUUGCUGCAACAAUAGCAGCAGCCUGUCCAGCAGAAACCUACCCAAUGUCCGUUCUUUGACAAUCCUGGGCAGCACAGCCACAGAGAGACCACUGGCUACCAUCAGUUUCACAGACAUGACACUUUUGAGGGUGCUAGACCUCCAGGGCUGCCGCUGGUUGAGUAAACAAGACCUCAGGGACAUCUGCAGACUCCACCUGCUGAGGUACCUGAGCCUGAGAGGCACAACCAUACCGGCACAGCUGCCGAACAAAAUAGGGGAGCUCAAGGCACUGGUGACGCUGGACGUGAGGCAGACUUCAGUGAGAUUCUUGCCCAGGAGCAUCACACGGCUGCAGAAUCUGAACCAUCUGCUGGCAGGUGGAUACAGGUACUACACCAGGUCGCACAGCGUGAAGCAUUUCGACUACGACACAGCUGUGGUGAUGCCGGCUGGGUUUAGCAGCAUGAGAGCGCUCCAGAGGAUCCCUUUCCUGGAUGUCGAAAGAAGCCCCCAUGCGCUGCGUGAGGUGGAGAAGCUGGAGCACCUAACCAGGCUCUGUGUUAUGCAGAAGGUCCAUGGAGCAACAUGGGAGUCUUUCGGCAGCUCCUUGAGCAAGCUGAGCAGCUCCCUUCUCUCACUGUCAGUCAUGCAGUAUGCACAUAGUGGCAAUGAGUACCCACAGCUGAGCUUCUUGAGCAAUGACAGGGAUCUUGAUAGGUCACCCCCUAGACACCUUCAGAGCCUGCACUUGAUGGGAAAGCUAAGUGUGCUGCCUCCAUGGAUCUCAUCCCUCCACAGCCUCACCACCCUGUCACUCCGAGAGACCUACCUCGGAGAUGGUAUGGUUCAUGUGUUGGGAAACCUUCGCAGCCUCGUGUCUCUCAAGCUCUACCGCCUUUCGUACACUGGCAAUGUGCUAUGUCUUGAAAGGCACCAGUUUCUGAGUCUCAGGCAACUGGUUGUAGACAACAUUGACACACUUUUUAGGAUCACCUUCCAGCAGGGGGGAGCACCUUAUCUAGAGACGCUCUCACUGGCCUUAGGCUGUUGGCGCAAACGGCGCAUCCGUGGAAUUACCAACCUCACCAGGCUCAGGAAAGUGGAGCUGUACGGUGACAUCAACGAAGAAGAGGUCAGGACACUGACAGAGCGGAUCGAUAGGCAUCCAAAACGCCCAAUAGUUACCAGAGAAGAUCGACUGGACUAAUACAUCAUAUUAUAUCUCUCUACUAGCUAUAGCUACCUCCUUGCUUAAUUCUAGCUAGUUCAUCUUUAAAUUAUUUUAUUUACGCGGUCAAAACAAUUACUGUAUCGUGUUUUUUUCCUCAUUAUAAAGAUUGUGAACAUCAUGUGCACUUUUUUCUGUAUAUAUACUAAAGUUUAAUGGACUCAGCCCCUGUAUUUAUUUUUUUUUCGAUCACGCCGAAGGAAAGCAGAGAAGAGUUUCAACGCCACAAACAAGGGGACGGCAACCAUUAGUGACGUUCUCUUUUUCCAUUGAAUUGAAACUGGUUUUUGUACAUUAAGAAGGAACAUUCCAUCUUGGAGAGCUGCUGUUUCUAAUUUGUAGCUCAA